ACACUCUCCCAGAGGCCCCAGCCGUACGUAGGGGCUGGCGCAGGCGCACUCUAGAUUAUUUGGCUAAGAUGGCGCCGGUGGAACACGUUGUGGCUGACGCUGGGGCUUUCCUGCGGGACGCGGCUCUGCAGGACAUUGGGAAGAACAUCUAUACCAUCCGGGAUGUAGUAAGCGAGAUUCGGGACAAGGCCACGCGCAGGCGACUUGCCGUCCUGCCCUACGAGCUGCGUUUCAAGGAGCCCUGCCCUGAAUACGUGCGGCUGGUGACUGAGUUUUCAAAGAAGACUGGGGACUAUCCCAGCCUCUCCGCCACAGAUAUCCAAGUCCUGGCACUUAGCUACCAGUUGGAAGCAGAGUUUGUUGGGGUGUCACACUUAAAACAAGAACCAGAAAAGGUUAAAGUGAGCUCAUCGAUUCAGCACCCGGAAACUCCUCUAAACAUUUCCGGCUUCCAUCUGCCCUCAAAGCCUAAACCCCCACGAGAAACAGUAAAACACGGACACCCAGACAGGGAGCCUGAGGACCUUGAAUUCAGUUCCUUCAUGUUCUGGAGAAACCCUUUGCCUAAUAUUGAGUGUGACCUGCAGGAGCUGCUGAUUGACGAAGGUGAGGAUGUUGCAAGUGAGGAUGAGAAGGAAGAGAAUGGAUUUGAAGAAAGGAAAGAUGAAGACAGUGAUGACGAUGAGGGGUGGAUAACGCCCAGCAACAUCAAGCAGAUCCAGCGGGAUUUUGAGCAGUGCACCGUCCCGAAGGACGUGCGGGUCGGCUGUGUGACUACAGACUUUGCCAUGCAGAAUGUUCUGCUCCAGAUGGGGCUGCACGUGCUGGCAGUGAACGGCAUGCUCAUCCGGGAGGCCCGGAGCUACAUCUUGCGCUGCCACGGCUGUUUCAGGACAACAUCUGACAUGAGCCGAGUGUUCUGUUCCCAUUGCGGAAACAAGACCCUGAAGAAAGUGUCUGUGACCGUCAGCGACGAUGGAACUCUGCACAUGCACUUUUCCCGCAACCCUAAGGUGCUGAAUCCACGGGGCCUCCGGUAUUCACUUCCCAACCCCAAAGGGGGCAAAUAUGCUGUGAACCCUCACCUGACUGAGGACCAGCGCUUUCCUCAGCUGCGACUCUCCCGCAAGGCCCGGCAGAAAACUGAUGUGUUUGCCCCUGACUAUGUAGCUGGGCUAUCUCCCUUUGCAGAAAACGACAUCUCCAGCCGGUCAGCCAUCCUGCAGGUCCGAGACAACACUUUGGGGGCUGGAAGAAGACGGUUAAAUCCCAAUGCUUCCAGAAAGAAGUUUGUGAAGAAAAGGUGAAGCGCUAGGUCCGCAGGCAAACUGGACAGCUGCUGCAGCUGCUGAGAAGUUCUGGUGUUGCACUCCCCCAACUGUGCCAGUUCCAGAACCAUCUGGAUGGAAAGAACAGGCCCAGCUUCUGCAUGCUGCUUCACAACUCCCGUGGAGAGUAGGGGGCGGUCUGUGGUGGGAUUUGGCUGUGCCUCGGCCUGUGAGCACCCAGAGAGCCAGGGUUCCUGCCAUGUUCAGGGGAAGCUGAUGAAAACAACAAACAGUGCACUGGAGUAAAUCUUCAACAUUGAAUGAGGGGAACUUCCAAGUGGUAAUAUUUUUUUAAUAAAUGUGGUUGCAAGCUUCUGGGCACUUUCAUUAAAUAGGCCAGAAUUUUUCUUCUUUGGUAAUUUGAGGGCUAACACUUAAAGUAUACACGAAGAUCAAGCAUUUAGAUUGCUUUUUUGUAAGGAAAUAAUACUAUUUGUUAUAAUAAAACUAAGCACUGACAUA